GCGCACAGAGCACAAACACGCGCUGUCCGUCGCGCUAACCGUUUCCGUCGCGGCGCACGACAGCGACGCAACAGGCGUUCGGUAACAGAACGCGUCCCUCUCUACCGGGCAUUCGCAUUACACGCACAGGAAUCUCUGUCAGCUUCCUACGCUCUCUGUGUGCCCUCUACCGCCGUCUGCAAGAAGAAUCAUCGCGAAGCAUGGCUACGCAAGUGUUCGAGCAGCAGCCGCACGAUGUCUUCAAGCCGGUAUCGUGGGACAUUAAGCAGCUCGAGUCGCCGCCGACGACGCCCGUUCCUUCCACGGCCCCUGCCGCCGCGCUGAGCUACGAGAUCCGCCCACUGACGCAGCAGGAUGGCCCCCGCAUGAUCUCAUUCCUGCGGCGCCUCUUCUUCCGCGACGAGCCGCUCAACGUGGCGGUGCAGCUGGUGCAGCCGGGGGAGGAGACGUGCCGCGAGCUGGAAGACUACUGCCUGUCCUCGCUGCCCGACAACCUGUCGCUCAUGGCGGUUGACUCUGCGUCGGGCGAGCUGCUGGCGGUCUGCAUCAACGGGCUGCACGAGCCGGGCGGCGAGGCGGAGGGGGAGGCGGCGGCUGCGCAGUGCCCCAACCCGCGCUUCCGGCGCAUCCUGCAGCUGCUCACCUUCGUGGACGCCCGGGCCUCUGCGGAGCUCGCCAGCCGCUUCCCCGACCCGGCGGACCGCCGCCAGCUCGAGGUUCGCGUCGUCAGCGUAGACACCGCUGCCCGCGGCCGAGGACUCGCCACGGCACUCGUCAGCCGCUCGAGUGAGCUGGCGAAGCAACAUGGAAUCCCACUGGUGCGUAUUGACUGCACCAGCCACUACUCGGCGCGCGCCGCCAGUCGCCUCGGCUUCGAAUGCAUUUUCUCCGUGCCGUAUGCCCAGUACGAGCGAGACGGGGAAGUUGUCUUCACACCCGCCGAGCCCCACAGGGAGGUCGCUACCUGCAUCCUGAGGGUCGUCUAGUGCCGAAGCAACAGCAGCAGUAAAAGUAUGUCGGUACAAACUGGUAAAGAGUAAAGAUAAAGUAGUGCUCUAUACAACUUCAAGUACAAAAUGUGCACAACGAGUGGCUGUCCUCUAGGCUCCAGCUUAGCCUCAGCUUAUGCAGGAAUCCUGUAACGUAAUGCCUCGACAGGCAGCUCUCUAUAAUGUAAUCAUGACUAGGAUCAAGAAGCAGGGAACGGUGGGGCAAAGUGACCAUAAAACGACCAUUCCAGGGGAAACUGGAUUUUCACAAAACAGUGCAUCUUGACAGAAGUCAAGCCUACACAUUCUGAAUGUACGUAAUAUAAGGUAUCCAGCCGAACAUUUUAAGUGAAAAGGAAAAUAAUUUAUAUAUGAAUCACACGCGUUUCUCUGAACGCUUACAUAGUGACCACUUUCCCUACCUAACGGGAUAAUGCAGCCAAUGCCAUUGCAACAGGAUCCCGUUUUUGUUAUUCUGAUUUCAGCACGUAGUCCAGUCAUCUUGAUGCCCUAGUACAUGGAAAAUACCAUAAGGCAGCAGCCUGUUUUCAGUCAGCAAAUGUAACAGAACAGAUAUGAUUUUACAAAAGGAUAGAACAACGGGUAAUAGCUUUGUUUAUGAAAGGAUUCAGAAGAUAGUCUGAUUUGUAGUAAUAUACAUGAUUAACGUAUGUAACUAACUCUUAUUGGGGAACCACCUUGGACACGUUACCUGACGAGUUGUGUGGCUACAUUUCCCUAUCGGAUCUACGCAUAAGUGAUUCACGGAUGGAAUCAUCGUAAAGAAGGAACAACAAGUAUCUACAUUUUAGCUCGAAGGCAUUGUUUAAAUAAGUUGUUUAUCCAGAAUGUAAAAUGACCUACUUUACAUCAGCGGUCUGAAAAUCCGAACAGAUGUUAUUAAAAAUUCCGGAACAAACUUCCUCUUUCAAAUUCACUGACAACAUUCAUGGUGUACAUUAGAACUGGUUUGUAGACUCAUUGGCAGGUAGCAGUACUGAUCAGUCCACAAAUGUGCGAUGGACACUUUGCCGUACCCUACUACUAUGAGUCUUCUAUGCAUUAGCACAAAAUUCUAAGAAACUUUGUUCCAGUUGUCUACUCUCUCACUUUCUCUCUCUCUCUCUCCCCCUCCCACUUUCACUCACACGAACAUACACUAACAAAUAGACACACACACACACACACACAUCUAGGAGGACUCACGUUCAGUUCUCACGUGUUUUCCUAACACUUAACACUAAUGCUGAGAUGGUUCCUUGAAGAGGACGUGGCAUAAAGCAUGUAACAAUUUUUGCAUUCAUGUAUUCCAUAUUGUAUGGAACAAAACAAGAAAAAACGUAGAGCAGACAUGGGCUCUAAGACUCAUACCUUCAGAACUAUGAGCACUUGUUCAUCUUCGCUUCUGUGAGACACAUCUAUUCUACUGAACUUUCCUACUAUGGAAGACCUACAAAAUGAAGUAAACAAAUGAGAACAGCUACACUAUUACCCUGGAACAGCAGAGUUUCUAAUAGAAACGACCUAUAGUUUAAUUAUAUGCUCCAUAAACCAUUUGAAUAAUUUUUUUAUCGAAAUGAUGUGGAACGCGCCGUAGAAUAUGUAUAAAUGUUUGCAGGAUACCGGUUUUUAAACGGAAAUUCGUCAAUGUAGUAGACGGAGUUGUCUGGGAGAAAUAAGUUUAGGUUAGUUUUAAAAUUUGUUUUGCUACCUGUUAGACGAUUUAUAUUAUUGGUCAAACGACCAAAAUCUUUAGUUUGAUGCAUAUUGAAGGCCUUUCAGGGCCACUGUCAGUUUCAAUAAUGGUUAACAAAGCUAAUUAUUGUUCUUGUGUGGGACGUAUCAUUGUUCUUAUGAAAUUGUGAUGCAUUAUUUAUUAAGAAUUUCAUUAGCGAAUAUCUGUAUUGUGAUGGUGGAAUUAAAAUGUCUAACUCCUUGACGAUCAUGAAUGAACACCAUGUAUUGUUAUUACUGCUCGCUUAUAUGCAACCAGUGCUACUUGUAUUAUUCAAAGGAAACUGCAAACCAGUACUGUAGCUCUGCUAUACAUUCAAGAUUGUAAAUUAUUGCAAAAGGUAACUUUAACCGCUGAAAACAUAUACACAAAAUGAGUUAUAUCGAGUUCGAUGAAAAUUGUGACCAGUGUUAGUACUUAUACAUUACAAUAAAACUGCGGUGAUUCUAGAAGAAAUUAGUUAAUACUUGCAAUAGCCAAGGGUGUGAAAGGAAAAUAACUGUACAACAGAACUCAGAGGUGCUAGAACACUUAUAACAAUUGAAGAGCACAGGAAAAUAACGUUCUUUGUCCACAUUAUCAAGUGGUUCAGAAGAGCAAUUUUAAAGUUUGAAACUGAAUUUCAUGGAUGUUAAUGGACAAAAUCAAUUAAUAGAAAAGUAAUUCAGAAGGACAUGCUAUUUACAUUAAAUUUAACAUUAAUUGAGUGCAUAAAUAUUUAAAUGGUGGUUUUAUUGGAAUAAUAUUUAACAUAAUGUCAUAUACUUUUAUAUAGAGGAAUAGAAGAUACUGCAAGUAAAACUAUAUUUUUGUAAAUGUUAUGUGUCAGACUAUUUUGUAAUGAGA